UUUUCACAGCGCAUAUAAAGGCCUGCUACAACUUGCGCGGUGAUCAUUGAGAAACGAUACAUUUCAGACACUCUUCAAUUUUAAUAAUCAUUUAUAAAUUGUAUUUGAUUCCAAACAUUUCUCAGAAUUUCUUACAAUGUCAUCUGAUCAAGAUCCUUUCCCAUUCACUUCACUUGAUAAUAUUAUUUUGUUGACUGAUUCGUACAAGAUAAGCCAUCAUCUUCAGUAUCCUGAUGGCAUAACAAAUGUAUAUUCUUACUUUGAGAGUAGAGGCGGAAAGUUUCCCCAGACUUUGUUUUUUGGACUUCAGUACAUAUUAAAAAGAUGGUUGUGUGGCCAAGUUGUGACCCAAGAAAAAAUUGCAGAAGCUAAAGAAAUUUGCCAACUUCAUUUUGGCCAAGAUAUUUUCAAUGAGGAAGGUUGGAAUUACAUUUUAGAAAAACAUAAUGGUUACUUGCCUAUUCAAGUAAAAGCUGUCCCAGAAGGUACUGUUGUUCCAGUCAAGAAUGUCCUGUUCACAGUUGAAAAUACAGAUCCAAAAUGUUAUUGGUUAACAAAUUAUCUUGAGACCUUGUUUGUCCAGUGUUGGUACCCAAUGACUGUUUCAACAGGCUCAUAUUUUCAGAAAAUUCUAUUAGCUGAAUAUUUAGAGAGUACUGCUGAUGAUUUUUCUAGCUUGCCAUUCAUGCUACAUGAUUUUGGCUUUCGAGGUGCCAGUUGUGUUGAGGGUGCAGGUAUAGGAGAUGCUGCACAUCUUGUUAAUUUUAAAGGUACAGAUACACUUGCUGGUCUAAUGUUUGUACGCAAAUAUUAUGGCUGUGAAAUGGCAGGUUUCUCAAUACCGGCAACAGAACAUAGUACUAUUACAACAUGGGGAAAAGAUGGAGAAGUGAAUGGCUUUCAGAAUAUGCUGGAAAAGUUUCCCAAUGGUAUAGUUGCUUGUGUUAGUGACAGCUAUGAUAUUUGGAAUGCUUGUGAAAAUUUAUGGGGUGAAGAGCUGCGAGAUUUAGUAAUAGAACGAGGUGAGAGAAAUGGAAGACUUGUAAUUCGACCAGAUUCUGGUGAUCCAGUAGCUGUUGUUUUAAAGGUUCUCAAUAUUUUGGGGAGUAAAUUUGGUACUGUGACAAACAAAAAAGGCUUCAAAGAACUUCCGCCAUAUCUGAGAAUUAUUCAGGGUGAUGGUAUUUGCUAUGAAAUGCUUGAUAAAAUCUUAGGAGCAAUGAAACAAGAAGGUUGGAGUGCAAAUAAUCUGGCAUUUGGUAGUGGUGGUGCCCUUUUACAGAAACUUGAUAGAGACACACAGAAAUGUGCUUUCAAAUGUAGUUCUAUGACCAAUGAAAAUGGAUUGGUGUUUAAUGUCUACAAAGAUCCUAUCACAGAUCCUGGCAAAAAAAGUAAAAAAGGUCAUCUCACUCUUGAAAGACAAGGUGAUGGGUUUGUAACUGUGGAAGAAGGAAAAGGUGAUCCAACAAAGGAUCUCUUGGAUGUUGUAUAUGAAAAUGGAAAGCUAUUAAAAUAUUAUACUUUUGAUGAUGUACGGAAGCAAGCAGAAAUUGAGAAAUUACGAACUUAAUUAGUUUAUGUCAAAUGAUACUGACAAGCAUAUUAAAAGAAAGUGAUAAAAUCAAAA